AUGGCAAAGCUCGAACCCCUCGCAAGCGGCUACUACCUCUGGCACUAUGUCCCCAGCAUAGCCGCCAGCGUCAUCUUCCUCCUUCUCUUCCUCGCCGCAACACUCUUUCACUCCUGGAAGGCAUGGAAGACACGCGCUCGCUUCUGCAUCCCGUUCUGCAUUGGCGGACUUUUUGAAGUCAUCGGCUACGGCGCCCGAGCAUCCUGCACAAACAACACCGCCAGCAUCAUGAAAUACUCCAUCCAAAGCGUCUUCGUCCUCCUGGGACCCGUCCUCUUCGCCGCAUCCGUCUACAUGGUUCUCGCCCGGCUGAUGCGCAGCGUCGGGGCGGAGAAAUACUCGCUUAUUAAAAUCACCCGAGUGACCAAGACCUUUGUUACAGGCGACGUGGUUUCCUUCCUGGUUCAAGGCGGUGGCGCCGGCAUGAUGGCGAUCGGCAGUCUGGCAAGUACCGCAAAGGGCAUUGUUAUUGCUGGCCUGAUUAUCCAGAUUGUUGUGUUUGGGUUCUUCAUGGUCACAUCUGUGGUCUUUGAGAAGCGGAUGAGGCGCUGCCCGACUAGUAUCAGCAUGAGCAUGAACGGAGGCCAGGGGGGCAAUUGGAAGGGUCAUCUGUAUCCGCUUUAUGCUGUUAGCGUGCUCAUCAUGGUCCGGUCGGUGUUCAGGGUCGUUGAGUACGCCAUGGGGCAGGAGGGAUAUCUCUUGUCGCAUGAAUGGCCGAUGUAUGUCUUUGAUUCUGUCCUGAUGUUAGGGGUCAUGGUGAUCUGGGGCAGGUGGCAUCCGGGGAGUAUCAGGCAGGAGGCUGCUGGGUCGCAGCUGCUGAGCAUGAACAGUGCGCAGAGCAAGGCCUGA